AAACCGGAAGUUGCAAUGCUAGCUUUCGUUAGCUUGACAGACGCAGAGAGAAAAACACCGCGCUCUCCGUUUGAAGCGUCGGUCUCCGCCACAACUGGCGAAGAAAGGCUGUCGAGAAUGAAGACAUCAAACAGUUACCCCUCAGGAGCGGCUAGAAACCCUUUCGUGCACGAGCUGAAAUUCACCAUGACUGAGAAAAUAAAGAUAGGACUGAUGUCAGUUACAGUUUUCCCGGUCCGUCUGCUGCUCGUCUCCUUUUUUAUGUUGCUGGCAUGGCCCUUCGCCUUCACAGCCUCCCUGGGACGCUCAGAUUUUGUUGUUGAGCCUCAGUCGUGGUGGAGGAGGCUCACAGACAUUUGUCUUCGGGUCAUAAUGCGAGCCAUGUGGUUUUGCGGUGGCUUCCAUUGGGUCAAAGUGAAAGGGGAGAGAGCGCCACCUUCUGAAGUUCCUAUUCUCUCUGUGGCACCACAUUCUUCCUACUUUGAUGCCAUCCCAGUCACCAUGACCAUGUGCUCUAUAGUCACCAAACUAGAGAGCAUGAGCAUCCCUGUCUGGGGCACUCUGAUCAGCUACAUCAGACCAGUGUUGGUGACUCGGACAGACCAGGACUCUAGAAGGAAAACUGUGGAAGAGAUAAAGCGACGCGCUAAUUCUGGAGGGAAGUGGCCACAGAUUAUGAUAUUCCCAGAAGGAACGUGCACCAACAGGUCGGGUCUCAUAUUAUUCAAGGCUGGAGCUUUUAUCCCAGGACUCCCAGUGCAGCCAGUGACACUACGGUACCCAGACAAGCUGGACACAGUUUCGUGGACGUGGCGCGGCCCUGGAGCGUUGAAGAUCUUAUGGCUCACUUUGUGCCAACUUCAUAAUUCAAUGGAGAUUGAGUACUUGCCUGUUUACUAUCCAUCAGUCGAGGAGAAAGACAACCCUACUCUGUUUGCCAGUAAUGUCAGGAAGCUCAUGGCCAAGGCGUUGGGUACACCCCUGACAGACUUGUCGUUUGACGACCGGGAGAUCAUCCUGUCCCAGGGUCCGCUGCCCAUCAUUAACUCCAGCAGCCUGCUGCAGUUCAACCAGCUUCUGUGUCGCUUGGG